AUGCCUUCGACAGACGAAAAUCGAGACACAUCUUCAGGCAACCGGUCGCCUCUGUACCGAUACGAUGUUCAGUCGGCCCGGCGAGCAGCGGGCCCUGCCGCUACUAGUAGCGGUCGACCAAGCGGGGAGCUUGAGGGCAGCACACUGGGCAGCAGUUCUCGGGAGGGCGAUAGCAGAAACCCUGCUCAGCGCAGAAUGCAAAGCUCUAGUGGCUUCCUGCUUGACCCUCUCCCACACUCAAAGAGCUCCCGGGUCAGCUCACAUCAUCAUCGCGCAUCGGAGCCACCUGCAGAGAAACGAAGUGCCCCAGAGGCGGACAUCGUGGUCCCGAAGAAAAGAUCACGCUUUCCAUGGAAUCGUCACAAGAAUGCCGUCUCGGAGACUUCGGCUACUUCAGCUGCGAGUCCAGCAAUGGCGCAACGAAGCCCCACGCCUCCUCCGGAACUGGAUACAUCCCGAGCUUCAUCAGGAGCUAACACCGAAGGGCAUAGCCUAGAGACACCUGGCCUUGACAGAGAUUCCAUCCAGAUUGUGAACCUGGCUUUGAACCUUAAUGAGUCUCGGCGAAGGACAGCCUCUGGGCUCGCUACAGGGUCCGGUAUUCGCAGACCAAUGUCUGUUUCUCAGCUUGCUGCAGGACCAACUGAUCCGCAUGCCCCGUCUCCGCAGAGACAUACACAUCCAUUUCGAAAUACCAGCCAGACACACGGAGACCAUCUUUCUCCGCCAACACCUCAGCGCGGACAUUCUCCUGUGGCGGAGCUUUUACCAGCAACCGCGGUUGGCAACACUCGAGCAUAUGAAUUUUCUAGUCACACACUUGCCCGCGCGGAUCGAGCUCGUCGUCAUUUUGAUCUAUUUCAUGAGUAUCUACGGCUCCUUCCAUUGCUGCCCCCGCUUCGAACCCCCCAAACCGAAGAUGACCACGAGUCUCUGCAUCAAGCAGCUGCUAGCUCAUCUACUAGUCGGGAAUACAAUCCUCUCCAGAUGAUCCGUAAUCGAAGGGUCAGAUAUCGAGAAAGGUGUCCGAUUGAUCCAGAGAUACAAGGCUGGCAUGACGUCGACAAGGUUCAUGAUUGGGUCACAGGUAUCGAGGAGAAGUAUGGCCAUAUGGCCCAUGAUCAGACGCAAUCCAUCAAGCUUCCCCCAUUUCAGCAAGGGCAACGGUCCCAGUCAUAUGAUGAUCCGGAUGAUAUGGAUAUGUUGGCCACGUCCCCUUCUUCGAGCUUGAGACGUGCUAGCCGCACAAAUAGCGUCAAGGCUCCUCGGCCACGACUCGACUGGAAAAUCUCACCUGCUGAGCUCCUAGCUGAUGCAGCCUGGCUUGAAGAUGGUGUAAAUAAGGCCAAAAUUGUCGACAAAGAUAGCAAUCCGCUUUACCCAAACCCAGAAGAGCUGGUUCUGACCGUCACCAAAUCAGAAACAGCCGCGCAAUCAAAACGACACGGGGCAAUUGAAAAGGAGGACGCGGGGGUAAUGUCAUCCCAUACCUCUAUAUCAAGUAACCACCCUGCAUUGGGCCCUGAAUUCAAUAGCGUUGGCCGUGGACGACACAGAAAAAGAUUCCGGGGUCAUUCACAAAACAUUCGUGAUCGAAGUGAAUCUAGCUCACUGAAGCACUCCCGAUGGGACAAAGUUCAAAUGCGCUCUGGUAGCGCCUCAAGCAAUUCAAGUGACGAACGGCGGACGUCGGGAGAACCAACCCGUCGGGCUUGGGCACAUUCACGGAAAGACCAAGAGAAAUCCAAGGAUGGUGCGAACUCAUCUGACCCUCGAGUAUCUAGAGCCAAAUCCCCCGCCGCGGCAAUUCUCGGUGCAGACGAAGACAAAGCUACUCACUCUUACUUCCCGUCACUCAGUACCAAGACAAGUCUUACAAAGGGGGGGGCCUCUUUCUCCUCGGCUGGAAGUAUGGACGACAGAUACAACUCUCGGAUGUCGUUUGAAGAAAGGGACAGCACCGCUCCCAACUCUCCAGCUCAAGCUAGCUACUUCCCUAGUAUCGCAGUCAACCUUUCUCCGCCCUCGAGUCGGUCCCCUUCACCAGCCAAGAAGGGACUUCGUCACAAGAUCGCUUCUCGCCAUGAGCGAAGCAAGAGCAAACAAGGAGAUCGGGACCUGAAAGGAAAUGAAGAUGCGAUACCUGAAACGAAGCCAUUGCCUCGUCCAAGCUUGAGCUCUCCACCUGAGCGUGCCGAGCAAAAAUCGAAGACAUCGAAGCUUGAACCAAGCCCAUUGCCGGACGUUGUGUCUUCCUCUUAUACUGAGAAUCCAGAUUCGCCGGAGGACGAACGUAUAGAUGGUUCUCGAGGACGAAAGGUCCAAAAUUCUGCCGAGUCGAAGCUACGAGGUAUACUGAAAGGACCUGGACGCAUAGCUGAGCUUGUUGGAAAUGAAGUAUCAAAGGUUGGAGACAUGAUCAUGAAGAAGGAUGCACCACCCGAUUCCCGAAAGUCGUCAUCUGCUACCACUGUCGCCUCGGAUGAUAGCGAUUCUGAUGAUGAGGAACGGAAGACGGACAAACGAUCUGCGGCCAAGGGACUCCUCCGACGCCUGCCGAAUCUCGGCGAGGAACCUUCGCGCCUCACUCGCCGGGAGACUGAAAAAGCCACACCAUCUAAAAGUUUCAAAGGCUCUUUACCAAGCUUCACCUCGCCAUUGCGGCAGGAUGAGCGCAUUGACUCGACAGAUGCACAGGACUUCGGUAGCUCCCGUGAAGGUGCAGCUGCAUCCCGCGGACAAGGUGACGAUCCAAAGAGGACGAUUCUAUCUAGGAGCCGAACAUUUGAUUUUGCCCCUGCUUCACAAUUGAAUCGAGGACGCACCAAGCAGCAUGAUAUCAAGGACCCUUCAGUCCCCUUCAGUCUUACUCGUCCUCCUGUCACUGGACUUGCUCAAGCCCGAGCAUACCCUCAACGCCCCACCGACCAAAGACCCGCAUUAUCAGGAGCGAGUCGCGCAUGGAGUAUCUCAGAUCGCAGCAUCCAAACAUCGAAUGACUCGGGCGUACCUAGCAAGACAGAAAUUGAGCGAACCCGAAUUUUGCUGCUUUCAUCUGGCAUCAAAGCCCGAGAAAUCACCCGCCGAGCUCACAGCGUCCGCGAUCCACCACCUCACUGGCUUCAAUCCUCCAUGGGUUCCGGCACAACCGUCAACCGCGUGAUAAGAGUCAACGAAUUCGAUCUCGCAGCCCAAAAUCUUCUCCGGCGAUUCGAGACAACCCAAUACUCAUUCCAGCAAUCCAUGCACCACUUCACCACAACUACAUCGUCACCUCUUCGCGCCCAGCUGAAAGACCUGGAGACUCUCCUCACCCAAUUCCUCGCUCCCCGUGUCCGAGCCACAGCCGACCAAGCAGAGGAUCUUUGCGUUCAGCUCAAUACGACCAGUACACUGGCAGUCAAGUCUCUCACUGAUGCUCUUGACAGAGGCGUACGAAAGCGCCGUCGUCGACUCCGCUGGGUCCGGCGGGCUGGUUUCGUCAUCCUUGAAUGGGCGCUUGUCAGUAUGCUGUGGUGGGUUUGGUUGAUUGUCAUGGGAUUCAAGCUCGUGCGCGGUGUUCUUCGGGGUGCUGUUUCUGGUGCGCGAUGGGUGUUCUGGCUUUAG